CUGAAUGAAGGUCCUCUCCAGUUUGUCUCAGGUUCUGCCGUCAUUGAUAGUCCUCGUAUGCAGGACCACGUUGCCAGAAACAAGAACACAGCCAAGCUGUAAUCUAUUAUACUGACCAGUACUUAAGCUAACAAACCGGGUGUAUGCUCCUGCCAGUGCGGAAGGCCUUGGUUCAACCGUCGUCACAACGCCCAAGAUGGUCGUCAAUCAGUUCGUCAGCUCCCCGUGUACUGACACGAGAGAGGAGAGCCACUUCCGAUUUAACGAUCUGCCUGCUGAACCAAUGAUUUGCAUCCAAUGCGUGGCACUGGUCGAUGGUACUUCGAUCAAGAUACGCCAGCAACAGAGGAAAGGGCUCGAGUGCCAUCGUGAACCACCAUCCGAGGGCGAGCUGAUGCGCAACAAGCCGCUCAAACUGACGGUAUUUACGGCGGCUAUCAUGCGAGUCAAUCGUCAAACAUACCAAGAGUCAGCAGCUAAUUAAUACACCAAAUAUCGAUUCGACUUCGAGAGCCCGACCGCCUUCCGCUCGUUCUGCCGGCAGAUAGGCGACCAAAGGGAAGUGCUGGAAGAUAUCGUGAUUGGCGAUGUCGAACUCCACGCGGGCGCUACACUCCUCAAGGGCUUAUUCAACAGUGCGAAGUUUCGCCAACUCGAUCUUGGUGUUCGCAUCGACAUGAGUGAUGCAUGGGUGAGCCCACGCUAUCCGCUGUUUAAGCUGAUACAGCCGUUACUCACCAUGCGCGGUACAGCGGGCUGGCAGUGCGACCCAAGUGGAGCGC